AAACGUUAGCUGGUCGGAGGAACUGAUAGCUAACUGUGCGCAUGCGCGUUGUACUUCGGUGACUCAUCUUGACCGCUUAAGUUGAAGUGUGGCUCUUUGGUAAAAAAAAUAGUUUCUGUUUGCGUAAGUUACAGAAGAAGGACGGGAGGUGAGUCGAAGAGGUUCGCUGAGCUGUGUGACAAGAUGAGGCUGAGCGGUGUGUUAGUGUGCGUGUUCCUGCUUUGGGUCGAGGGGUCCUGGGGAGACACACCUGCCAACUGCACCUACGAAGAGCUGCUGGGCACAUGGGUGUUUCAGGUGUCCGGUGGCGGACACGACAAGACCAUCAACUGCUCCGCUCAAGCUCCAGGUGAGAGCUCCGUGACUGUGACCCUGGACAAACUGUCCGUUGCCACGGACGAGCUGGGCAACACCGGCUUCUUCACCAUCAUCUACAACCAGGGCUUCGAAGUGGUCGUCAAUGACUACAAGUGGUUCGCCUUCUUCAAGUACUCUGAGAAGGGCUCUAAGGUGACCAGCUACUGUGACCAGACCCUGCCAGGGUGGGUGCACGAUGUCCUGGGAAACAACUGGGCCUGUUUCAUUGGGAAGAAAGUGGAACAAGUACCAGCCCGCACAGAUUAUAAGCCAGUUUUCAGCAGCAGCCUGCUACAUAAUCUGUACAAAAACAACCUGGACUUCAUUGAUUCCAUCAAUUCGGUUCAGCGUUCGUGGAAAGCUGUGCCCUACCCAGAGCACGAGAUGUUCACUGGACAGGAGCUGCACUACAGAGCAGGAGGGCCCGCCUCCCGUAUCCCCAUGUGAGCAUUAACUUAUAUUCCCCCGUCUUCAUCAUUAGGUCUUUAUUAGGUCAAGAUGGCGGCAGCUCUGCCUGAGCGCUGGGAUUGGAGAAACGUUGGUGGUGUUAACUUUGUCAGCCCCGUGCGAAACCAAGCAUCAUGUGGUAGCUGCUACUCCUUCGCCUCCAUGGGAAUGUUAGAAUCUCGCAUCCGAAUCCUCACCAACAACAGUGAGACUCCCGUCCUCAGCCCGCAACAAGUGGUCUCCUGCUCUGAAUAUUCUCAAGGUUGUGAUGGUGGCUUCCCAUACCUGAUUGGGAAGUACGUGCAGGAUUUCGGCAUUGUGGAUGAGUCAUGCUUUCCGUAUGUUGCGAAGGACACUCCGUGCGGCGUUCCUCAGAACUGCGGCCGCAUUUACGCGGCAGAAUACAACUACGUCGGUGGCUUCUAUGGCGGCUGCAGUGAGAUUGCCAUGAUGUUGGAACUGGUCAAGAACGGACCGAUGGGAGUGGCCUUCGAGGUCUACCCUGACUUCAUGCACUACAAGGAGGGCAUCUACCACCACACAGGCCUCACAGACCGCUUCAAUCCCUUCGAGCUGACCAACCACGCUGUGCUGUUGGUGGGGUACGGCCGCUGCCAUAUGACCGGACAGAAGUUCUGGAUUGUCAAGAACAGCUGGGGCACCGGCUGGGGCGAGGACGGCUACUUCCGAAUCCGCCGGGGAAACGACGAGUGCGCCAUUGAGAGCAUCGCGGUCGCAGCCAAGCCUAUCCCCAAACUGUAGACGCAGUAAACUCAGGAUGGGAGGAAUAGUACAACUUAGAUUUACUCCCUCUGUUUUCAAUGUGUGCUCGAGAGGUUGGGAAAUUUGAAGCUAAACGCUGUAACCUUUCACAGUAGGUGACAUCACACAGCACUGAGUAGGUACUGCAGUUAUGGAUUUCAGCUUUAAUGCCAGUAUUCAAUAUGACUAAAAUAUUUUACAUUGCGAAAUGUCCAACCAAAAUGAAAAGUAGCAAGUUUCGUAAGCCAAUUAUUUUCAAUAUGAAUUUUUCAACAAAUUUUUUUUUGUUUUAUUUCAGUUUUGUAAAUGUUUGCAAAUUAUGGAGCCAAAUGAUUUUUUUGUGUGAUUCUGCCUUGCCUGAUGAACAGAUGGAAAACUGAAAUGCAGGUGUUGUUUUUUGUGAGCCCAGGCCUUACCUACAGAGCAGCUCUGCUAUUUCAAAAAAGCUGUAUCUUAUGAGAGUGUAACGUAUAAUGAAUGAUGGGUCAAAGUUCAGUAUUACUCUGCGAAAAGCUUCAUCCAAUCAGACGUGGCAAAACUAGUCAAAUAUAAGCCUACAGUAAGCACAAAUAGGGACACCAACGCUUCUGUGUUAGGGUUGAUUUUAAAGUAUUGAUGCAUGCAUGCUGCUUUCUUUCAAAAAAAAAUUGUUUCAUUUGGAUGUCUGUGGAGAUUGUCAUUCAUCCAGGUCUUCGUUGUCCACGAGGGGGUUGAAUCAGGCACAACUGGACUUGGUUGUAGUUUCUUGAAGGCGUUUCUCUUCUCACCCGAGAGGCUUCUUCGGUUCUAACUAAGUUGUGGUGUGUCCCAGGUAUUUAACCUCUGGAGUUUCGGCGGUGCCUGUUGAUGCUCCAGACUGUUUUAACGUGAGUCCUCAGAGCCGUUGGAGUCACCUUUGUCCACGCAGGUGUUGUGUUUUCAUUUCAGCAAUCGCUAAUCAAGCUGCCUAUGAAUUAUGUAAUCCAAGACACAAAAUAGAAAUCAAUAGAUUCAGUGGACAUGGGGUACUGCAGGGAACCAUGGUGGGUUGUAAAUAAAUGUUCAUUGUAAAAUUUAAAGGGAAUUGGCAACUCAGGGGUUGGUGUACUCUUUUUGUCUUGUCAGGUGCAGGACCGUUGUUCUUUCUCAGGGAAGCAUGGUGGAGAACAGUGAUAUCUUCAGUCCUUGCAUCAAAUUGAUUGCUGUGUUUCUGAGGGUCUUGUGACGCUUUUAAAAGGGAUUUCAUAAUUAGUGAAGGGAUUCAAGUGGUUGUCUCGCCUUUUAUUCUCCCAUCCUACCAACAUGUUCCACUGUAAGCAUGUGUUUUACAUUGUAUUUUGAGAUUUGCACUGAUUCAAUAAAAGCAUUUUGGGCAAUA